GGCGCUCGGGCAGCGGCGGCGGCGAGGUCCUCGCGGCGCAGGCGGCGGCAGUAGCAGCGGCGGCGGCGGCGGCGGGGUGACAUUCAGCUCGGGCCCCGCAACAUGGCGCAGGCCGCGCAGAGGCUGGCGCAGCGCAUCGCCACCCGCGGGCCGCAGCUUCUCAGCGCCGCCGUGGCGUACUCGAAGCCCCGUUUGGCCACGUUCUGGUACUACGCCAAGGUAGAGCUGGCCCCGCCGACCCCCGCCGAGAUCCCCCGGGCCAUCGACAGCAUGAAGGCCAUGGUCAGGAGCUUCCAGACCGGCCGCCUGGCGCAGCUCACCGUCAAGGAAGCGCUGAGGAACGGUCUGGUGGCCACGGAGGUGCUGAUGUGGUUUUACAUCGGGGAGAUCAUAGGCAAGGGCGGCCUGAUCGGGUACAACGUCUGAAGGCUCACCCUCAGUAACGCCGUGGGUCCCGAGUCUGUAACAGGGGUCUGUGACAAUAAAGCCAGGAACCGA